UACGACGUUCAACAGAGGGAGCAAUUGACCAAGGUUUUGAACAAACUACAAUAUACGGGUGCUAAAGCUCUAGAGCAUUUUCUCGAUGUAGUGCGGGGGGAAUCCAGUACUAAUAUAGUUGGCAUGAGCUCAAGUACCUUAGGUUAUGUGAACGUACCUAAAGACGCGACAGUUCACGAAUUAACCUCAAAUACCAUAUGGUUUAUUGAACAUUUAUGUGAUCACUACGAUGUAAUCGGUGCCAUUUUGCAACCGGAUGUUUUAUAUUCGACUCAACUCGACACUAUAUUGAUGAAGAAAUCAUUACCCGAAGAGGAUCGCAAUAAGGCUUUAUUAGCCAUUUACAUAAAAAAGGCGUUAGCGGAGCUGAAUCUAUCUAUAAUGAAUAAAUGUGAGCAAUACAAUGAUCAGGCUACAAAGCAUUUGUUUCGCCUUAAUAAUAUUAAUUAUAUACUAAACUCUUUGAUUACUUCAAACCUAAUCGACAUUGUUACGAUGGCUGAGCCCGACUGCCGCAACAGUUAUAUUGAAACAAUUAAAGAACUUAAAUGUUCCUAUCAGAAGACUUGGGCUAAAAUGCUGGCAAACAUUUCACCUCUUGAGGAGCUGCCUAAACCGGCACAGGGCAAAGUAAAAGAUAAAGACCGUAGCAUAUUGAAAGAACGCUUUCUGACAUUCAACAAGGACUUUGAAGAAGCUUGCAAAAUUCAACGCAGUAUUUCCAUACCCGAUGUCACUUUACGUCAGGGCAUUAAACGUGACAAUGAAGAGCACAUACUGCCUAAAUACAAUGAGUUUUUCAAAAUGUAUGCUGCCGUGCAGUUUAGUAAAAAUCCUGAGAAAUAUGUCAAGUAUAAGCCGCAUGAAAUCAAAGCAAUGCUUAGUAAAUUAUUUGAUGAUUCAGCUUGAGUUUAGAAAGCUGCCUCAACUUCUGACAUAGUUUAUUUAUUUAUUUUUUAUUGUUGUUGAAAAGAAACUACA